AUGACUGUAGCGCCUCCAAAGAAACUCAAAGUCACAUCUUUAUGUGAACUAUGUCACUCAAGAAAAGCGGUCAUGAAAAGACCAAAGAAUCUAAUGAAGCUUUGUAAGGAGUGUUUUUACAAUGUGUUUGAGACAGAGAUACACAACACUAUCACUUCAAAUAAUCUAUUCCAGAACGGUGAAAAGGUUGCAAUAGGGGCAUCUGGAGGCAAAGAUUCAACUGUUUUGGCUUCUAUUCUCAAGACUUUGAAUGAAAGGUACAAGUAUGGCUUAACUCUUGUGCUUCUUUCUAUCGAUGAGGGAAUUAAGGGUUACCGAGACGACUCCUUAGCCACGGUGAAGCGAAACCAACAACAGUAUGAAAUGGAUUUGGAGAUUGUGUCUUAUAAGGACUUGUAUAACUGGACCAUGGACGAGGUUGUGGACUGUGCUGGUAUAAGGUCUUCAUGUACGUACUGUGGUGUUCUUCGGCGACAAGCUUUGGAUCGUGGCGCUGCGAAAUUGGGAAUAAAUCAUGUUGUUACAGGCCACAAUGCCGAUGACAUGGCGGAAACUGUCUUGAUGAAUUUAUUGAGAGGAGAUGCUAAUCGAUUGGAGGGAAGUACGAGAAUAAUGACUCAGUCUGCGGAGUCGCCAAUAAAGAGAUCAAAACCAUUCAAGUAUACAUAUCAGAAGGAGAUUGUGUUGUAUGCACAUUACAAAAAAUUGGAUUACUUUUCAACCGAAUGCUCGUAUGCACCGGAAGCUUUUAGGGGAACUGCUAGGGAACUUUUGAAAGGUUUGGAGAGUAUACGACCUUCUUGCAUCAUGGAUAUCAUUUACAGUGGUGAACAUUUGGUCUUGUCCAACAAGAAGAAGAAGAAGAAGCAAACAGUCAAAUACAAGAACCAAAAGGCAGAAGAGAUUGAGGUUAACGCAGAUGGGUCGGUUUCUACUAAUAGAUGUAUCAAAUGUGGAUACCUCUCGUCGAACCAAAUUUGCAAGGCGUGUAUGUUACUCCAAGGGUUGGAGAUGAGCCGGCCAAAGAUAGCCAUUGAUAGUGAAGCAGACGGCGCUGCCAAAUUGACCAAAACAUUGGAAGGGCUUAGUUUUUAG